AGUAAUUGGAGGAUCAAAACCAAAGGUUGCAACACCCAAAGUUGUAGACAAAAUAGCGGAUUACAAGAGACAAAACCCUACUAUGUUUGCAUGGGAGAUCAGGGAUCGGCUAUUAGCAGAGCGAGUGUGUGACAAUGACACAGUGCCCAGCGUCAGCUCCAUAAACAGGAUCAUCAGAACAAAAGUUCAACAGCCCACCAACCAGCAAGUACCCCCUUCAAACCACAGCAUAGCUUCUACUGGAUCAGUGACUCAGGUCUCUUCAGUAAGCACAGACUCAGCAGGUUCCUCAUAUUCCAUCAGUGGAAUUCUGGGAAUUGCGUCAUCUAAUGCCGAGAGCAACAAACGCAAAAGAGAUGAAGGUAUUCAGGAAUCUCCCAUCCCAAAUGGCCAUUCAAUACCAGGAAGAGACUUCCUUCGGAAACAAAUGCGAGGAGACCUCUUUACUCAGCAGCAACUAGACGUAUUGGACCGGGUGUUUGAGAGGCAACAUUACACUGACAUUUUUACUACCACUGAGCCCAUCAAACCAGAGCAGCAGGUCCGUUGGCUCCCACGUUUGGAACAGGUUGAGUUUUCUGGCGGUUCCGCAGCUCAGUGGCGCGAUUUUCGACUUUCUCUUCAUCAUGAGCCCCACAGCCGAACCUCGACAACAGAAUAUUCAGCCAUGGCUUUAACUGGUGGUUUGGAUGAAAUGAAAUCCAGUCUAACAAGUCCUUCUACAGGUGAUUUAGGAGGAACUGUUCCUGGACCCCAAUCAUAUCCCAUUGUGACAGGUCGUGAUUUGGCAAGCACAACCCUCCCGGGGUACCCUCCGCACGUCCCCCCUGCCGGACAGGGCAGCUACACUGCUCCGACGCUGACAGGAAUGGUGCCUGGGAGCGAUUUCUCUGGGAGUCCGUACAGCCAUCCACAGUAUUCUUCAUAUAACGAUUCCUGGAGAUUUCCUAACCCUGGAUUACUAGGUUCUCCAUACUAUUACAGUGCAGCAAGAGGAGCAGCGCCCCCUGCAGCCGCCACUGCCUAUGACCGUCACUGACAGAACGCAACAAGAACAUAAGCACUUACAACACCUAUUAUUUGUGGCAACUGUACAAUAUGAAUUCAUCUACUAUGAUAUCCUGAGAAGAAAAUAAGGAGUAUUCCAGAAUUGUCACAUUGGACAGAGGAUCAUUUAUUUUUCAAACAUCUUUUAAAUUAUGGGAGUUGGUACUUAAUAUUUAUUCCACACUUCACGUGCUAAUAUUUGUAGCCUCAUGAAUAUUGGAAUGGUAAAUUGCUUUGGCUACAUUGGGAUGGAUGCAAACAGUUAAACAGAUCAUUUAUUUUGUUUUUUCAAAUUUUGCUAUACAGCGUCAUUGUAAAUAACGUGUGAUUUAUGAGGUGAGCUUAGCAGAAAUUGUAACAUGAUACAAGUGUGAAACUGAAAGUGCUUACAGCAUACUUAUCAUAUUUUAUAAAAUGCUGCACUGAUUCAUAGAGUUCAGUAAGCUUUAAUCCAACAUUAAACCAGGUUACCAUCCACUACGACUACAUUUGAGGAUGAUGUCAAUAUGUAUAUUUAUUUCAUAUGUAAUAUGAUUUCCAUAAACGUAUGACAUUCUGCAUUGUGCUGUCAAUGUGAAUUAACACCUCCAAGUAUUUUUCAUUAAGGAAAACAGAUAUUAGAUACCUCUCAAUGUAAGUCAUUUCCCUAAAAGUAACACCACCUAAUACAACAUUUAUUCUAAAAUCAAUUUAAACUAUAUGUGGAAAAAUCUAUUUUGUAAGAGAGAUAGGAGAUUUUGUGUUAGACAGACAUGUUUUAAUAAUAUAAUACUUUACAUGUAGGAAGUUUACCCAACUGUUAAAAAAGUGUACAAAAUACUGACACCAAAAUGUAUUGUCCUCACUUUGAAACAGGUGACAAGCAAGUCAGCAGACAAAAAUGAGAGGAUGGUUCACUGUUUCCAUGUCAUAUUAAAGCUUUUGAUCUUAUAUGUAUUUCUAUCAUUACAUGUCCAGUUAUGAUCACUUGGAAGUAGUCAUUAUGUGGUAUUACAGGUUGAGUAUCCCUUAUCCAAAAUGCUUGGGACCAGAGGUAUUUUGGAUAUCGGAUUUUUCCGUAUUUUGGAAUAAUUGCAUACCAUAGUGAGAUAUCAUGGUGAUGGGACAUAAAUCUAAGCACAGAAUGAAUUUAUGUUUCAUAUACACCUUAUACACACAGCCUGAAGGCCAUUUUAUCCAAUAUUUUUUAUAACUUUGUACAUUAAACAAAGUGUGUCUACAUUCACACAAUUCAUUUAUGUUUCAUAUACACCUUAUACACAGCCUGAAGGUCAUUUAAUACAAUAUUUUUAAUAACUUUGUGUAUUAAACAAAGUUUGUGUACAUUGAGUCAUCAAAAAACAAAGGUUUCACUAUCUCACUCUCACUCAAAAAAGUCCUUAUUUCGGAAUAUUCCGUAUUUCGGAAUAUUUGGAUAUGGGAUACUCAACCUGUACUCUAUAUGGUAUAAUGCAUCCACUGCUGUUAAAUUAUAAUGAUAUUAAUAUACAGGGGUAGAUGUAUUAACUUGGAG